CCAGGACCCCUGGCCAAACACCCACGCCCUGCUCCCCCAGCGCCCCUCGCUGCGGGAGGGCUCCACGACGAUCAUCGCCAAUGACCGCGGGCACCUGCUCCCCGACAUGCCCCGCUCCCAGGUCUCCCCGUGGGGCACGUUUGUGGGGACCUGGGAGAUGCCGCCGCGGAUCCCCCCGGCCCGGCUGAACCUGACGUCCCGCUCGGCCGCCGCCGCCGGGCGCCUCACCGACUGGAUCCACCGUCCCACCACCCUGACCCACGCCUGCAACGGCAUCCGCACCCACGUCACCGGGAAGCCCCAGCCGGACGCGCAGACCACCAAGGAGCCCCCCCGAAGGAGCAGCCGGGCACCCGCCGAGGGCGUCCAGCAGCCGGAGGAGCCGCCUGGCCCCGGGGCAGGACCCACCGACCCGCUCUCCCAGCAGUCCAGCCGCACGGGGGUCCGGCUGGAGGGGGACACGUCCCCACAGCCCCCAGCCCCACACCGCCCUUGCUCCCAGCAGGACAAGCUCAGGGGACAAACUCCGUGCUCCCACCAGCCUGCUGUGACAGACCCCCAACACGGGAACCCCGGGUCACCCCAAAUCCCAGCCUCGGUGCCCCCAGGGACCAGCCCUGGGCAAACUGCCCCGACUCGGGUCCCCACUGCCAGCCCGGGGGGCAAAUCCCCAGGGCUCAGGGCAUCACGGGCAUGAGAGUCAGGCGGCCAUCGAGCCCACGGCUCCUGCCCCCUCCCACAAACCACCCGCCCCUGGGGACACACGGAAACCACUUUCCCACCCAAGGGUGAGGGGCGGGGGGAGAGCAUCAAAGAGGCCGACACUGGGU